AUGGUUGCGAAGCUUGCUGACCCUGGAUAUGCAUUUCAACUCUCUUCUUCUUUCCAUUCUGCUGAUGGGAAUGUUGUUCAGUUUGAGAGUGGGUACUUAGUUGAGACUGUUGUGGAAGGAACUGAUAUUGGAGUUGUUCCUUUCAAGAUCCGCAUUUCAGAGGAUGGCGAACUCUUUGCUGUGGAGUCCAUUAAUAGCAACAUUGUUCGGAUUACUCCUCCGUUGUCCCAAUAUAGUAGGGGAAGAUUGGUUGCUGGAUCAUUUCAGGGUUAUACAGGCCAUGUUGAUGGAAAGCCAAGUGAUGCUCGUUUCAAUCAUCCAAAAGGUGUAACCAUGGAUGAUAAAGGCAAUGUAUAUGUUGCUGAUACCUUGAAUCACGCCAUAAGAAAAAUUGGAGAAGCUGGUGUGACAACCAUAGCUGGUGGAAAAUCAAAUAUUGAUGGCUACAGGGAUGGACCCAGUGAAGAUGCAAUGUUCUCAAACGAUUUUGAUGUAGUAUAUGUCCAGCCUACUUGUUCCUUGCUUGUUGUUGAUAGAGGAAAUGCUGCUCUUAGGUAGAUAUCUCUCAACCAGGAGGAUUGUGAUUAUCAGUACAGUUCAAUCUCUUCCACAGGUUUACUAUCAUAUUUGUUGGAGGUCUACUGCUCUGAGGUUCAGUAUUAUUGCACAGUUGUUUUUGUUUUUGCACAUUUGUCUCUCUGAAACAUGCCUCAUCAUUUAUGAUUUGUCUUGCUGAGUUUUGAUAAGUCAAGAUUCAUCAUUUGAAUUUCCGUUGGUCAAUUUGUUCUUUGAUGUGAUUGCACUGUAUUACAGGUUGUUCCAGUAUGCAUAUGUAUAUGUACAUAUAGUGACAAAUAGAAAAGUAGCCACCUUUAAG